AUGGCAACCCUCCAAACCCUCUUCCCCCCACACCUCACCACCCCCCGCCUAACCCUCCAACUCUACAACCGCUCCCCAGCCCACUACACGACCCUCCUCUCCGCCAUGAACAGCCCCACCGCCCACACCCACAUGGGCGACUUCGGCGUGCGGACGCCCGCCGAAUUCGACGCCUUUAACGCCCGCGCGCGCACCCUCGACGCGAGGUUCCAGGACGGCGUCGCGGACGACGAUUUGUACUACCUCAUUCGUCUCGGGGUGGGGAAUGCGGAGGGGGAGUUAGUCGGCGGCGUGAGCCUCUCGCAACGCCGCGCGAGAGACUCGCAGGGAGGGGAGAUUGUUUUGCCGCCGGAUGUGGGCUGGUGUUUGCUUGAGGGAUAUAUGGGACGGGGGUACGCGACCGAGGCGGCGGGGGAGUUGAUGCGGUUCGCGAGGGAGGUUGUGGGGUGGAGGGAGAUGGUGGCGUUUGCGAGCGAGAGGAAUCCGGCGA